UGUCCCCAAAUCCCCUGGUCUUGUCCCAUCACUGGCGGGGGGGGGGGGGAAUAUGAGGGGAGGUCCCUGUGUUCCCAAAGUGCCACCAGGGCUCUGGGGGUCCCCAAAGUUCUCCUGGGGGUCCCCAAAUUAUCACCAGGGACCUGGGGGUCCCCAAAGUGCCCCUGGGGGUCCCCAAAGUUCUCCUGGGGGUCCCCAAAGUACUCUUGGGGGUCCCCAAAGUGCUCUUGGGGGUCUGGAGGUCCCCGAAGUGCCACCAGGGCUCCGGGGUCCCCAAAGUGCUCUUGGGGGUCUGGAGGUCCCCAAAGUGCCACCAGGGCUCUGGGGGUCCCCGAGGUGCUCCUGGGGGGCCCCAAAUUAUCACCAGGGGCCUAGGGGUCCCCAGACUGUUCCUGGGGGUCCCCAAAGUGCUCCUGGGGGUCGCCAAAUUAUCACCAGGGGCCUUGGGGUCCCCAAAGUGCUCCUGGGGGUCCCCAAAUUAUCACCAGGGGCCUUGGGGUCCCCAAAGUGCUCCUGGGGGUCCCCGAGGUACUCCUGGGGGUCCCCAAAUUAUCACCAGGGCUCUGGGGGUCCCCAAAGUGCUCCUGGGGGUCCCCAAAGUGUCCCCCAGGGUCUGGGGGAGGGUGAAGGUCCCAGGGCCUCGUGUCCCAUCCGGCCCCUCCCAGGGCAGAGUCCGGGGCGGUGUCACCUGUGCCAGGUGUGUCCCCUGGGCCAGGUGUGUCCCCUGGGCCAGGUGUGUCACCUGUACCAGGUGUGUCACCUGGGCCAGGUGUGUCACCUGGGCCAGGUGUGUCACACCCCCCCUCCCCAUUUCCUGUAUCCUGGGGGUUCAAAGUCCACUCCCUGCCCAGGGAGAGGCCGGAAAUGGGGGGGGCCCCACAUGGAGGGGGGGUAUAAAGAGCCCCCCACGUUGUCACCACUGUCUCCAGUGCCACCAGUGCCACCAGUGCCACCAGUGCCACCAGUGCCACCAGCCAUGGCCUUCGUCCCUGCGCCCGGGUACCUGCCCGCCUACAACCCGCCCCUGCCCUACGUUGCCCCUGUGGCCGGGGGGCUCCAUCCCGGGAUGGCCAUUUACGUACAGGGGGUGGUGGCCCACCACGCCAAAAGUUUCUGCGUGAACCUGGCCAAGGGCCCCGAGGAGGGGUCGGACGUGGCCCUGCACGUGAACCCCCGUUUCUCGGGGGGGGUCCUGGUGCUCAACAGCCGCCGGGGGGGGCACUGGGGGGACGAGCAGCGCCAGGACCCCCAACCCCUGCACCCGGGGGGGCCCUUCGAGCUCGUCAUCAACGUCACCCCCCACGGGUACCGGCUCCUGGUGAACGGGUCCCACUACGCCGAGUUCCCACAUCGACUCCCCCCGGAGACCGUGGGGGCCGUGACCGUCAACGGGGACCUGGAGCUGCACUCGGCCUCCGUCCUGGGGGGCGGGGGUCCAGGUGUCCCCCAGUGUGUCCCGGACAUGCCCCAGGCCAUCCCCUCGUACCCCAACUUCAACCUGCCGGUGAUGGGGCAGCCCCCCACCUUCCACCCGACCGUCCCCUUCGUCGCCACCAUCCCGGGGGGGCUCGUCCCCAAAAAAACCAUCGUGGUCAAGGGCUUCAUCCCCCCCGAGUCCAAAAGGUUCCACAUCAACCUGCGGGCGGGGCCGGGGGGGGACAUUUUGCUGCACCUGAACCCCCGGCCGGCUGACGGGGUCCUGGUCCGGAACAGCCGUUUGGGGGGGUCCUGGGGGAAGGAGGAGAGGGACGUCCCCCACAACCCCUUCCAGCGCGGCCGCUACUUCGAUCUGUCGAUCCGCUGCGGGAACCAUCGGUUCAAGGUGUUCGUGGAGGGGCAACCCCUCUUCGACUACAACCACCGCAUCCCGGCGGGGCCACACGUGGACACGCUGGAGAUCGACGGCGACGUCGUCCUGUCCUACGUCCACUUCUGAGACACCCCUGCCCCACAGCUGCAAAAUUAUAGCCCCCAAACUGCCCCAAAACUGCCAAAUCAUAGCCCCAAAACUGCCCCACAACUGCAAAAUCAUAGCCCCAAAACUGCCCCCAAACUGUGCCGUAACUGCAAAAUUAUAGCCCCAAAACUGCCACAUAACCACCCCACUGUAGCCCCAAAACUGCCCAAUAAUAGCCCAAUAACUGCCGAAAACCUGCCCCAAACU